AUGAAGGAAAAGGGGGUUCUGCCAAAUAUUGAAACUUGCAAUGACAUGUUGAUGCUGUUUCUCAAGUUGAAUAGAAACCUGGCUGAGGAGUUUAUUAGUCACAUGGAGAGCAUUGGGGUGAAGCCUGCUAUUUAUAAAUAUAACACACUCAUACACGACGGAGCGAAGUUCGAAGUAGCUUGUGUGAUAUUUGAGAGAAUGAAAGAUACAGGACUUUUCCUGGAUGCUUACAGCUAUAAUUCUUACAAUUUUGUGAUGUAUAAAGAAAGAGGGCUUGAGGAAACAUCUGAUUUACUGCCUAAGAUGUUAGAGUCAGAGUCAGAGUCAGGAUUGGUGCCACAUGCAGUAAUAUAUGAUGCCUUGAUUGAUAAGUGGUGCAAGAUAGGGGUUGUUGAGUGUUAUGAGAAACAGAACACAGAGGAUCUGGAUAAGGCUAUUGCAUACAAAGAUGAGAUGAUAAGCAGAGGCAUAGAGCCAACAAUUGUCACUUACACUUUGUUGAUUGAGGCACUGUUCGAGAUAGGGAGCGGUUUACGAGCUGAGGAUAUGAUAGAAGAAAUGCAAGAAAAAGGAUUGAAGUCGGAUGUUUAUACUUAUAACACAUUGAUGAGUGGGCAUGCCAAAUGCAAGCUUGUUGAUGCACCCUUAGUCUUUUAUGAAGAAAUGGUGGAGAAAAUGAUUCAGCCCAAUCUGGUAACAUAUAAUAACAUGAUGCUAAUGCGCUGCAGGUAUAGUAAGAUGAAGGAAGCUCGACAACUUCUUGAUGAGAUGAAGAGAAAGGGGUUCAAACUUGAUCAUAUUACUUACAAUCUAAUCAUUGGCGGUUAUUGUGAUGAUGGUGAGGUGAAUGAGGCUUUUAGAGUCCGUGAUGAAAUGUUGAAGAAUGGAUUUGAUCCUACCAUUACCACUUAUGACGCUCUUAUUAUAGGCUUGUGCAAUAACAAUGAAGUUGAGCACGCUGAAGAGCUCCUCAAAGAAAUGGUUAGUAAAGACAUUUGCACUCCUAAUGACAGGACCUACAAAGUUUUAACUAAGACCAUUAAGGAAACAACUCAUAAAGUUGGCAAAAAUGACGUGAUGGGAAAUGCCAGAUUCAGGAAUAUUCUUGAGAAUGACAAAUAUCUUCCAAUCUUUGCUAAUGAUAUGACAGAUGACGAAUUAGUUUCAUGA